ACUCGCAGUGGAGAAGCUAGCUCGAUGGACAAGCCAACUCUAACCAAAACGACUCCGUCAUCGAAAGAGGAACUGAGUCCAGUGCCAGGGAGCGGUGAGGUGGAGGAGGCCAGUGAGGAUGUGCCCGAGAGGAUGGAAGUUGCCGCCGGUGAAGACACUCAAGAACUCUCCGAUAUCACCGACCAUGAGAACCGAUCAACCAGAAUUACGUCAUCAACCAGCCUUGUGAUUGCCACUUGGAUCAAGGUGCAGAAAAAGACGGAAGGUCAAAUGCUGCCAUGUAUUUACACUUAUGAACCAUGGUCAGCUUGCUCUCGCAGUUGCUGGGAUGGCGUGGGCGAUUAUCCGUACAUGACACGCAAAGUCAAUAAAAGUUCGAUAGUAAGAGCUCGAGGAAGUGAUGUGCCGGAGUGCGACGAGGAUCUGGAGAACCGAGUGGACAUUGCUCCUUGCAACACUUUUCGGUCUUCAUUUUUCUGUGUUUCUUGCUGA